CUUGGAGGACUUAUCAUCUAUGCCCAAGACGCAGGGUGGCGCUAGGGGAGGUGCGACGAGCCGCCGAGCGUUUCGAACGCCGCGGUCUGUCAUCCGGGCUCGCGAGUGUUUCAGCAAUGGUUCUGCGCCCGGCGUGGAGGCUCAUGUCCAGAGAAUGUCCAAGCACAUGGAUGCUGCAGGAGAAGUACUGUUGGAAAGAAGAGGCUGUGCAGGAGUGAUAACACUAAACAGACCAAAGUUCCUAAAUGCACUGACUCUAAAUAUGAUUCGGCAGAUAUAUCCACAGUUAAAGAAGUGGGAACAAGAUCCUGAAACUUUCCUGAUUAUUAUAAAGGGAGCUGGUGGAAAGGCUUUUUGUGCUGGGGGUGAUAUCAAAGCCGUCUCAGAAGCUGGAAAGGCAAACAAGAAGAUAGUUCAAGAUUUCUUCAGAGAAGAAUAUAUGCUGAACAAUGCUGUUGAUUCUUGCCAGAAACCAUAUGUUGCACUUAUUCAUGGAAUUACGAUGGGUGGGGGAGUUGGUGUCUCAGUUCAUGGGGAAUUCCGAGUGGCUACUGAAAAGUCUCUUUUUGCAAUGCCAGAAACAGCAAUAGGACUAUUCCCUGAUGUGGGUGGAGGUUAUUUCUUGCCACGACUUCAAGGAAAACUUGGUUACUUCCUUGCAUUAACAGGAUUCAGGCUGAAAGGAAGAGACGUGUACACAGCAGGAAUUGCUACACACUUUGUAGAUUCUGAAAAAUUGGGCACGUUAGAAGAAGAUUUGGUAGCCCUGAAAUCUCCUUCAAAAGAAAAUAUUGCAGAUCUCUUAAAAACUUACCACACAAAGUCCAAGAUUGAUCAAAACAAGUCUUUUAUACUUGAAGAACACAUGGACAAAAUAAACAGUUGGUUCUCAGCCUAUACUGUGGAACAGAUUCUUGAGAAUUUACAGCAAGACGGUUCAUCUUUUGCCCUAGAGCAGUUGAAGGUCAUUAAUAAAAUGUCUCCAACAUCUCUAAAGAUCACACUAAGGCAGCUCAUGGAGGGGUCUUCAAAGACCUUGCCAGAAGUAUUAACUAUGGAAUAUAGGCUGAGUCAAGCGUGUAUGAGAGGCCAUGACUUCCAUGAAGGUGUUAGGGCAGUUUUAAUAGAUAAAGACCAGAGUCCAAAGUGGAAACCAGCUGAUCUAAAAGAAGUUACUGAUGAAGAUUUGAAUAAUUACUUCAAAUCUCUGGGAAGCAAUGAUUUAAAAUUUUGAGUUUUAAUAGAUUAAGACCAGAGUCCAGAGCGGAAACCAGCUGAUCUAAAAGAAGUCACUGAUGAAAAUUUGAAUGAUUACUUCAAAUCUCUGUAAAGCAAUGAUUUAAAAUUUUGAGGUUUUAGAAGAUGGAAACAUUUCAAGGUCUUUGGAGAUUCUUGAGUUAGUAUGUCUAACUGAAGUGGGAACUUUGUUUUGGCUUUGGAUAGUGGUUUGUGUCUUGUUUAAAUAAACAUAUAUAGAUUAUAAAUAUAACUGAAA